AAAUUGGAAAAUUGUUGGAGAACUUUUAAUGAAUUUAAAAUAUAAUUACAUGACUAAUUACAUAUUUUUUAAUUUUUAUUAUAUCAUAUUUCAUAUUACCUUCCAUUUUGGCGUCCUCGCGCGCGUCUGCUUGAACGAAGAAGCAUCGCUUGGCUCCAAACUCCUUCUGGAACUUCGCAGCGGCGGCCAAUCCAGUCACUGAAGACACGUCGCAUAUUGCCACCUGUGACAGCAAAGACAAGGAUACCCUGCAUUUAUUUAAGUUAUUUUUCGAAAGUCUUUAAAAUAAAUUGGAAGUGAGGGCUGUAAAGGGAAUCUCAAAAAAUAGUUCAUAGAAGCAGAAGGCUUAUGCAGUGGACGAGAAAAGAUACGUGU